AUGCAAAAAAGAAUUUCAUGCAGCAAACUCAAUUUCAGAUUAUUCUGGCUGACAAUACUGACUGUAUGCAGUUUGGGAGCAUUGGUAAUUCUGCGUUCAUCACUAAGCUUGUAUUCGGAGGAUGCGGUAUCAUUUUCGGUGGAAACUAAUUAUCUGGAUUGGGACACGCCGUUCCCAACUCUCACUAUAUGCGAGUCCCCGAGCACAGAACAUAUUAAAGCUUACCUUGUUGCGAACAAACUACCAAUAUCUUUGACUAAUUUCUACAAGGAGGUGGUGUACUGGAAUGCCAAGUACUGCAAGCACUGCAGUUAUUACAAGCCGAAUGUGACAUGUGUACAAGAUUUCGAAGACCAGGUUCGUCACAUGCGGCUCAAGUGUAACCAGAUAUUGACUGAGUGUUGGUGGGAUGGGAAGCCUUUUCGUUGUUGCGACAGAUUUGCAGCGGUAGAGACAGAGUACGGAGUAUGUUAUAGCUUUAAUUCAGGUCUAACGGGAAACAAUUCCAGCACCAUAAUAGUAAAUCGUCGCGUUGGACUGCCCACUCUUGUAUUCACUGCUAUUGAAGCUGUUUGGAUUAGAGUACACGGACCAGAUGACGUUGUGUCAGUUAUGAUGGACAAUGCGCUCGGAUCAUCAGCCUCGUUACCGCUGGUCACUGAUGUUGAAGUUAUUUUGAAGGCGGAACAAACAGUCAGCGAUGUAUCAGUCACAGCACUACACCCUGACGUCCGUGGCUGUCUAUACCAGAACGAGCGCCCGGCGUUUGCUGACAAGUGGCCCUUCAAGAAGUAUUCGUACAGCGCUUGCGUACUGUACUGCCGGGCUAUGGCUCAGUAUGAACUCUGUAACUGCACAUAUCAUGUUAUGCCCAAGAUAGGUGAUAUUCCAGUCUGUGGUAUCCAAGGAUUGAUUUGUCUCAACAAAAAUAAAGAAUCACUUGAAAACCCAACCUGCAGUUGUCCAAUGGGAUGCGAAGAAAUACUUUAUAAACUGGUUCACAAAUUCUUUGUUAGACACAGUGCUAGUGGUGAAUUAGCGUCGCGUGGCACACGUGGUAAAGUGAGAUUGGCACAGUUGCCUUCUUUAAGAGUGCGGCGACUUGCUAUUAGAGAUACUCUUGGUCUUGUCGUGGACAUUGGCGGAGUUGGUGGUGUUUUCUUUGGAGCGUCACUUCUCAGUGUCAUAGAAUUCGUUUAUCUUUUAUGCAUACGACAACAUUAG